AUGGCCAGAAAAUUUGAGGGAUGUGCAGUGGGAAUCGACCUUGGGACAACUUACUCGUGUGUUGCAGUAUGGCAGGAACAGCACUGCAGAGUGGAGAUCAUCCACAACGACCAAGGGAACAACACCACUCCUUCUUUUAUUGCUUUCACAGACAAACAAAGAUUGAUUGGUGAUGCAGCUAAAAACCAGGCUGCCACCAAUCCAGAGAACACUGUGUUUGAUACUAAAAGAUUAAUUGGUAGGAAAUAUAGUGAUCCCAUUGUUGAAAAAGAUAUAAUGUUGUGGCCAUUCACUGUCGUUUCCGGUAAUAAUGACAAACCCAUGGUUGAAGUUAGCUACAAGGGUCAGAAAAAGCACCUUUCAGCAGAAGAAAUAUCAUCUAUGGUCCUAUCAAAGAUGAAGGAGAUUGCAGAGACCUAUUUGGAAACACCUGUGAGGAAUGCAGUGGUUACUGUGCCUGCUCAUUUCAAUGACUCUCAGCGUAAAGCUACAGUAGAUGCUGGAACCAUUGCUGGGCUCAAUGUUAUGCGGAUAAUCAAUGAACCCACAGCUGCAGCUAUUGCAUAUGGUCUUGACAAGAGAACCAAUUGUGUUGGAGAGCGAAAUAUUUUCAUAUUUGACCUUGGAGGUGGUACCUUUGACGUGUCUAUCCUCACAAUAAAGGAUAAGGUCUUCCAAGUAAAGGCUACUGCAGGAAACACUCACCUCGGGGGAGAGGACAUUGAUAACCGAAUGGUGGACUACUUUGUGGAGCAGAUCGAAAGGAAAUACAAAGUGGACAUUCGUGGCAAUGCAAGAGCUCUAAGGAGGCUGAGAAGUGCAUGCGAGAGGGCAAAAAGGACUCUCUCGUCCACACUGACUACCAGCAUUGAGAUAGAUGCUUUAUUUCAGGGCAUUGACUUCUGUUCUUCAAUCACUCGGGCAAGGUUUGAUGAAAUCAAUAUAGAACUCUUUCAAGAGUGUAUGGAGACUGUAGAUAGGUGUCUUAAUGAUGCUAAGAUGGAUAAGAACAGUGUGCAUGAUGUUGUUCUUGUCGGUGGCUCUUCUAGGAUUCCUAAAGUGCAGCAACUAUUGCAGGAAUUCUUCAAGGGAAAGGAUCUGUGCAAGAGCAUCAACCCUGAUGAAGCUGUUGCUUACGGUGCAGCUGUGCAAGCUGCUUUGUUGUGUGAAGGCAUUAAGAAUAUUCCUGACUUGGUGUUGUUGGAUGUAACACCCCUUUCACUUGGUUUAUAUACGACGGGAGAUAUCAUGAGUGUAAUGAUUCCUAGGAAUACAAGAAUUCCUGUAAAGAGGACAGAAGAGUAUGAAACAGUUUACGAUGAUCAAUCCUCUAUCUUGAUUAAGGUUUAUGAGGGUGAGAGAACAAGAUCCAGUGACAACAAUUUGCUGGGGUUUUUUAGUCUUACCGGCUUUCCUCUAGCUCCUUGUGGCUAUCCUGUUUAUGUGUGCUUUGCCGUUGAUGAAAAUGGCACUCUAUCUGUCUCUGCUGAGGAUAAAACCACGGGCAAUAAGAACCAGAUUACCAUAACCAACAACAGAGAGAGUCUGUCAGCUGAAGAAAUUAGAAGAUCGAUUGAAGAAGCUGAAAUUUAUCAGGCCGAAGAUAGGAAGUUCCUUCGGAAGGCUAAGGCAAUGAAUUCUCUGGAUGAUUACAUUUACAAAAUGAAGAAUGCUUUGAAGAAUAAGUAUACCAGCUCAAAGCUUUCCUCACGAGAAAGCAAUAAGAUCAAUUCUGCAAUUACUAAGGCCACAUAUUUGCUUGAUAAUGAUAACCAGGAGAGUGAAAUUUUUGAGGAUUAUCUGAAGGAACUAGAGAGCCUCUUUGAUCACAUAUUGGGCAUUAAUAGCUAG